AAGUCAUUGAAUAAAGAAAACCACCCAUUUAAACAGUGUGUAAGAGAAAGAUACAAAACAUGACUUUUCUAUGAUACGAAAUCUAUUAUUAGUACAUUACCGGCAUCCAACCGGUAUUUGACAACUUGUGAUGUGGAUUUACGAUUUAUAACCUCAUUACGGUUCUUCUUUUCACAAUUUACAAUGAUACGAUCAAUUUUCUAUAGUUUUUUUAUUUUAACGUUAAUUACAAGCAUUCGGGCAAGUUUAGAAAUAGUGAGUGAUGAUGAAUUAUUAAAUUUAAUAAGAACAGAAAAAAAUGUAGUGGUGUUAUUCUCUAAAAGGGAUUGUGAACGUUGUGAAAACUUUGAAACGGAAUUAUCGAAUUUAAGAGAAGAUUUAGUGGAUACUUUAGGUGCUUGGGUUGUUAAAACGACAAAUAGUCACAUGACUAGGUUGUAUACUCCUACAAGAGAACCAGCAAUCGUUUUCUUUAGGCAUGGUGUACCUUUGUUAUAUGAUGGACCUCUCAAUGAUGAGGCUAUCUUACAAAACUUUAAUGAUAACAAAGAUCCUAUUGUUAAAGAAUUAACUGAUGAUACUUUUGAACAUUUAACACAAGUUGCAACUGGUGCAACAACUGGAGAUUGGUUUAUUAUGUUUUAUUCCAACGAUUGUGUUGAUUGUCAACGAUUACAAGCGCGAUUAGAAGCUGUUGGAGCUAAAGUAAAAAAUCGUGCAAAUAUUGCUCGGAUAAAUCGAUUAACAACAGGAGCAUCAACAGCGAGAAGAUUCGAAGUUUAUAAUGUUCCAGCUUUUAUUUUAUUCAAACAAGGGAAAAUGUAUAGAUAUCACAUUCAAGUGUACGAUGUUGCGUCUUUCGUUUCAUUCAUUACUGAAUGGUACAAAAAUGUUACCCCGGAGAAAGUUCCUUUACCAAAAACUCCAUUCGAUGAUUUAACAUCAUUGAUUGCGGUUUAUAUCAAGGAAAACAGUUGGUUAGUUUACGUUGGGAUUGGAACGUUUUUAAUGGGAGUUAUUGUCGCUUUGUUCUCUAAAAAGGGACAAGAAACUCAACAACAAAAGAAGAGUAAAGAGAAACCAAAAGCAAAAAAGGAUAAAUAAAGCUAGAUUUGUUUUAAAGUGCUUAUUAAGUACUAAUCGAAGUAAUGGUGUUUUAAUAAAACUAAAUAAAUAUACAUUCCUAGUGAUAAAAAGGUUUAAAUGAAUAAACUAUUAAUUUCA